AUGCCGCUUCCUCCAUCCACAUUGAACCAGAAAUCAACUCGUGUUUAUUCGAUUGCGAAAGUUUAUACCGAUGCAUGCGAAAAGAGACCACAAGAAUACUGGGAUUACGAACAAGGUGUAACCAUCGAAUGGGGAAAAAUUCAGAAUUAUGAAAUAGUGAAUAAGAUUGGUCGUGGUAAAUAUUCCGAAGUGUUUAGUGGUAAAUGUGUUAAUAAUGAUAAAUCAUGUGUUAUUAAGGUGUUAAAACCUGUUAAAAUGAAAAAAAUUUAUCGUGAAUUAAAAAUUUUGACAAAUUUAACGGGUGGUCCAAAUAUCGUUGAAUUAUAUGACAUUGUUCAAGAUCGUGAUUCGAAGAUUCCUGCUUUGAUCUUUGAAGAAGUUAGAAAUGUUGAUUUUAGAUCUUUAUAUCCAACCUUUAAAUUACAUGAUAUUCAAUAUUAUUUCACACAGUUACUAAUAGCAUUAGAUUAUUGUCAUUCCAUGGGCAUCAUGCAUAGGGAUGUUAAACCACAAAAUGUUAUGAUUGAUCCUUAUGAACGUAAGUUGAGAUUAAUUGAUUGGGGUCUUGCCGAAUUUUAUCAUCCUGGCGUCGAUUACAAUGUUCGUGUAGCAUCACGUUACCAUAAGGGGCCUGAGUUAUUAGUCAAUUUAAAUCAAUACGAUUAUUCCCUUGAUCUUUGGUCUGUAGGCUGUAUGUUAGCAGCCAUUGUAUUUAAGAGAGAACCAUUUUUCAAGGGCUCAACAAAUCCUGACCAAUUGGUUAAAAUUGCCGCUGUCCUGGGCACUAAAGAAUUACUGGCAUAUUUGGAUAAAUAUGGAUUGAAAUUGCCUUCAGAGUAUGAUAAUAUAAUGAGGGAUUUUACUAGAAAACCAUGGGAACAUUUCAUUACACCUGAAACCAAAUUAGCUAUACCGGAGAUGGUUAAUUUGAUUGAUAAUUUACUGAGAUACGACCAUCAAGAGAGAUUAACAGCAAAGGAAACUAUGAACCAUGUCUUUUUCAAAACGAAGUACGAUUGA